AUGAAUAAAGCCAGAGGACGACGCGCACAAAAAACACCAAAGGUUCCAUCGAGCUCCGAAAUACAGUCAACGACAGAUGACGAAUAUCAAACACCGCCGUCCACCGCGGAAUCGGAUGCUGACGAUGCUGACUCAUCUACGAGACCAUCUAACCGUCGACGAGUCAUACGCCCGCCACCAGCUUGCUUGGAGAUUCAGGGACAAUGCGCUCCCACAAGAAAUCCCGCUGCCGGUGGUGCUGUGCGCCGCAUGAGAUGGACUCAAAAAAUGAAUGAGAGUGUCAUGCGAGCGUACUAUGAGGCGACAGGUGGGGGAAUUAACCUCACUGCGUAUCGUUCAACGAUGUUGUCUCUGUUUCAGGCGCUAGAACCAACCGUCACCGUAACUGCACAACGACUAUCGGAUCAAGUACGAGCCAUUCAGCGUUGUCACCUCCUGGAUGAAUCAGUACUUGAGCGGCUGCGUACAAAUUUACCACAACUUAAUACUGUUAGUCACAUUCGUGAUAUACAAACAUCACAAAAAGAGCAAAGAGAGGUAAUAAAUUUUAAUAUAAAUCAUAUAUCUCCUAACAGUGUUGAUUUGUCGGUAAACGAACAGGAUAAUGAGCCUAUGAGGAGAGCUUUGGAGGAUGCUAUUUUGAAAUAUAGAUCCUUGCCACCAAAUAUUAGGCCACAGCUACCUCGUUUGCCUAUUCACAGACGUAAUUUGGCUUUAGUAGGUGUUAUGGAUAAAAUUUUACAACAAUAUUUAGACAGCACUCAAAAUUUAUCCGAUACUCACUCACUUCUGUACUGUGGAGCUGCAGCUGUUUGUAAUGUAGCUAAUGUGAAGUUUAAAUCAAAUAAAAUUACUUUACCAUCCCAUACAGCUCCAGCUUGGCAGGCCAGAAUUGAAAAACGAAUAAAUUUAACCAGAACACUAAUAGCCAAAUUAACAUGUUUCAGGGCAGGUAACAGGCGUCCAAAAAUCAUGCGGUUUGUUCACCAGGCUUUUGCGGGUACAAAUAUAAGACCCAACGAGUACAUAACAUCAGUCUCAGACCGCAUAGAUUUUCUGAAGCAAAAACUCUGUGCAUGGGCAAAACGCAUUAAGAGGUAUAAAAAACGCAGGGAUCGAUAUCAUCAAAAUAGCAUAUUCCAAAGUGACCAACGAAAGGUAUACAGGAAUUGGGAACAGUGCACUACUAAUGUGGUCAAUGGUAAUUUACCGACCCGAGAAUCGAUAAAUAAUUUUUGGCGAAAUAUUUGGUCAAACCCCAUUGACCACAUUGAGAGUGAUUGGAUGGAUGCUGUCAGGAGGAGGUGCAGCUCACUUCCACAAAUGGAACAAAUUAAAAUAAAUUCAGAAGAUAUAAGUUAUGCAAUCCGUUCAACGUCGAAUUGGAAAUGUCCUGGACUGGACGGAUUGCAUAACUUUUGGCUUAAAUGGUUUCAUAGUUCGCACCCCAUCCUGGCAUCACAAUUUCAAAAUGCAAUUUCAACUAAUACUUUACCAAAAUUUAUGACGACUGGUACCACAUUCCUGUUAUACAAAUCGGGAUGUACCGCUGAUCCUAAAAACUACCGCCCUAUAACUUGCUUACCCACCAUCUAUAAGCUACUUACAUCUGUUCUCGUCACAAAAAUUACAAAACAUAUUACUACAAAUAAUAUUUUGGCUACGAUUCAGAACGGAUGUAAGUCUGGUAGUCGCGGUACUAAGGAACUUCUCCUCAUAGACAUGACCAUAUGCCAACAGGUACGUCGAAACCGGAAAAAUCUGGCUGCCGCUUGGAUUGACUACAAGAAAGCGUAUGAUUCAGUGCUUCAUACAUGGCUUAUGAAAGUAAUGGAGCUAUACAAAAUUGAUACUGCUUUGUGCUCUUUUCUGAGUACGUGUAUGAGACAGUGGAACACUUUUUUACGUCAUCCGGGUGCAGUUGAUGUUUCAGGAUCGACUGAACCGAUAAGGAUUAUGCGGGGUAUUUUUCAAGGUGAUAGUUUGAGUCCAUUGUGGUUUUGUCUAGCCUUGAACCCUUUAAGCACUUUAUUAGAGGAUUCAAGAUCUCUCAACGAAGGUGAAACCUAUAAAUAUCUCGGAAUGUCAGAGGCAUUGGGCAUUGAUGACGGAGCCAUGAAACAACUGAUAAAGGAACGAUUCUUUGGCCGGCUGAAGAAAGUUCUCAAUAGCUUUCUUUCGGGCGGUAACAAGACUCCCGUACUAAAAAUAGUAGUCCGCAGCGGGAGCAUGGAGCUGUAUCCAGCGAUGAAUCAAUGGGGAGUCCCAUCGGUCGGCCAACACACUCAGGACGGUGUUCGAUGUUCCACGCACUCGCUUCCACAGUGA